AAGUAUAUAUCGGUAUAUACACAAGGAACUCAGGGAUCAUGCUACCAACGCCCCUUGUCUACAUACAACACCAUAUCUCCACAAACUACACAAUAGCCUAUCCAGGAGGGCCAAAAUUACAACACACCAUUUCCAGAACACAUAAACUGGAUACCCACGAAGCCCCUUCUUUCUGUGUUUGUUUGGCUGCAUCUUUAGCAGACAUUCCCUAUGACAAUGCAUCAACUAAAGCAGCCUCAAUUGCAGAAUGCCUCUCCAGCUCUGAUGUUGAAGUACAACUUCACAUCCUCCUUCACAUGAGCAACUCUGAUGUUGGGUACAAGGACUACCCCGACACAUACAUUCGCUCCCGCUCUAUCUCCCUCCACCAAUAUCAUCAGCAGCCUGAGCCCCAAAACCCUCCUUCCUUCCACUUCAACCAUGGCUUUGACGUCUUCUAUUUCUCUCCGGCAUUUCUUUUCCUCCGCCACCACUGAUCUGAACGACCACAGCUUAAUCUCACGGAACUUGUUGAAGAACUUUUCGCUCAAUAGACCAACUUUGAAAGAAAGCCAGUUGUUUAGGAGGUCGUUCAAAUUGACUUGUUCAAUAGACAGAGAAAUGGAUGUUAGCACAUCGGCUUUGAUUGAUGGUGUAGCAGAGUGCCUAAAUGAAACGCAGGUGGAGCCAAGAAUUUCAACCAUGGUGCUGAAUUUUGAGAAUAAGUUUGAUCCUUAUGAAGCGAUCAGUACACCACCUUACCAAACUGCUACUUUUAAGCAGCUGUCAGCAACCGAAAAUGGCCCCUAUGAUUAUACCAGGAGUGGAAAUCCUACACGGGAUGCUUUAGAAAGCCUCCUGGCAAAGCUUGAUGAAGCAGAUCGAGCAUUUUGCUUCACUAGUGGAAUGGCUGCUUUGGCUGCUGUUUCUCGUCUUGUUGGAACUGGUGAGGAAAUUGUUGCUGGAGAUGACCUGUAUGGUGGUUCUGAUCGGUUGCUGUCAAAAGUAAUUCCAAAAAAUGGAAUAGUAGUGAAGCGAGUAAAUACAAGUGAUUUGGAUGAGGUUGCAUCUGCCAUUGGAUGGCAAACAAAGCUUGUCUGGCUGGAGAGUCCAACCAACCCUCGGCAACAAAUAUCUGAUAUUAGAAAAAUAGCAGAGAUGACUCAUAAAUAUGGUGCUCUUCUGUUUGUGGAUAAUAGUAUAAUGUCCCCAAUAUUGUCACAACCCUUGACACUUGGAGCAGACAUCGUUAUGCACUCAGCUACAAAAUUUAUUGCUGGACAUAGUGAUCCCAUGGCUGGCGUGCUUGCUGUGAGAGGGGAAAGCUUGGCGAAAGACUUGUAUUUCCUACAAAAUGCAGAAGGCUCUGGGCUAGCUCCAUUUGGCUGUUGGAUCUGCUUAUGAGGAAUUAAGGCAAUGGCUUUACGAGUUCAGAAGCAACAGGCAGGAGAAUGCACAGAAGAUUGCUGAAUUUCUUUCAUCCCAUCAUCAAGUGAAGAAAGUUUACUAUACUGGUCUUCCUAAUCAUCCUGGACAUGAUUUACAUUAUUCCCAGGGAGCUCAUUUCCUGCCUCAUGUCCCACGCAAGCAGAAGAUCUGGUCAGAACAUCAGUGGGGAUCGAGGAUGUGAAUGA